GAGGAGCUGGCAGCUCGAGGCGGCCCGCCGCAAAGAGUCGCCUGCGUUCGAGGUGUCCGCAUCUCGCUCCGGCCGACCCACGAUCGAACAUUCUCUGCAUUGUUGUGUGCGGUGCGUGCGGAUUGCCGGUUCGCCAUCGUGUUUGUGUGUCCCAGUGACUUUGUCCCGUGUCUCGCAGCGGCCAACAGCACAGCCAGACAGCCACGCUCUGGACAGAUUCAGCCCGAUGUCCCGGUGGAAAGCGAAACUGCCAAUCAUGGAACUGCUGCUGCUGAUCACCCUCUUCUUUGUUUGCCUGCCGUCGGCAAACUCAGCGAAGCAGCCUGGUAAGUUUCUAUUGAAGCCAAAUCACGAGGCUCCGAUGGCGGAAAAAGCCAGACUGAAUCUAUUUGCGAUGACAGUUGCACGCAACCAAGGCUCGUGCAAAUUCCCCAGCAGAUGGGAGGGCACUUGGUUCCAGUCCGGCGUGCGCCAGCCCAUCGUCAUCGACGCAGAUAGGCUCAGCUUCAAAGGCAACUGUAUCAGGUCCGAAGGCGACAAGUUUCUCAUGGUCGAUGACAAGGGCAUCUGUUAUCGCUGCGUCGUGAUACACGAGAAACACCACAACGUUCUGCAGUACAAAGAGACUUACUGCCACUCAAAGGAAGCAUUGCCGCACUUGUGCUCUCUGAUCACUGGCGACGCCCUUCUGUACUCGAUGUUCCGCGUGGAGGCGAGCCCCGUGCAGUGUCCCUUCCGCGGCCCCUUCACCUUCUCGUACAACAGAGGCCACGGCGAAUGCCGCAGCCCGCCGUCCAGCGUGGAGGCGUGCACCGAAGAGUCUCGACUCCUGCUGCGCUACCAAGCCUGCCCUGAUGUCUCAGGCACCGAAUCGACAGUGGAGGAGCUGCAGUGCCUGGCCACGUGGAAGGAAGGCAGUUCGCGGUACCUGGUCGGCCUGGUGCACCACAGCCACGCGACCUCCAACGAGGAUCGCUAUCGGUGCUUCGUAUAUGAGAAAGCCACCGAGCAGUCGCCAGACGAGACGGUAGACUACUGGGUGGCCCAGUCCGGGGACGCCACCUGCAACGGGCUCUUCACCCCUAUGGAGGGUUCCAGGACUAUGAUUCUCAGAAAAGCUCCAUCGCCGAACAAGUGCAAGUUCCCGAGCUGGAUCACGCAGUUCCCGCACUGGCACACGCUGGAUUACCGGCGCUCGUACCAAUUCCACCACCGCAACACGACGCUGAAAAUCGCCAACGCGUCCGACGGCGGCGAAAUGCGCGUGGUGUGCACCGAGGACCGUCACGUGACGGCCGAAGCGGCCCACAUCGUCACCCACGUGACCUCUGGGUGCCAAAGUGGAUACGUAUGCAUGAUGUUCUACAGGAGAGACGCGCACGUAAUUGAAUUACAAACAGGAUUGUUUUCGCGGAGACCAGAGGAAGCGUGUCACUCGCACCACUUUGACAAAAACACCCUUCCCUAUGUAACCCUUGUCACUUCAAGCCCGGAAUCGCGCGAUUGUCCAUACACCGGCCGCUUCAGCGUGAUUGGUCUGAGCCAGGAAGAGCGUCGGCAGAGCGGAAACAGCGCCGCGCAGACGUCGCAGAGCGUCGAGAACUCGGCCAUCAUCCCUGGUGGCUGCUCGCCCGAAUUCACUAGCCUGCGCGUCGGCUGCUCCAACGUGGACACAAUGGAGUUCCGAUCCGAAUGCACAAGAACCGACACUAUUUCAGCGUACUCGUGCCACGGCGGCUGGGAGGACAACGGCACCCACUUCCUCAUCACGACGCCGCUGAGCAGGACGUCGCUCGGCGCCCGCCGCAUGUGCUUCAUUUACCGCGAGAGCCCCCUGGGCGUGCACUUUUCCAGCAGCGCCGCCUCCUGCCAGAGGGACAUCAGCCCCGGCGUCGGCGGCAUUCUCGCCUUCAACGUCACCAGCUCAGGUAACUGCAUGGAGGAGAACAGCAGCGCUGGCCUUUCCCCCUCAGCACUCAACACUUUCCUAUCUUUCGGUCUUCUCCUCCUGUUCUCGUCGAUCUUCGACAGGUGACUCUCGGAAUCAAUAUUGCUGACCGCUGAGUGACUUGCAACAAAUUUCCCGGCCCUACCCAGGGGAAGAGACUUACAAAUUAACUUUGAGAAGACGUGCGCGAGUUGUUACAAGGAAGUGUGCUUGGAAUAUUUCAUGUGAUCUGUGAUAUCGUCCCGCGGACAAAAGUGGCGAAACUGAUGAGUUGUUCUCACAAGGAAGAGACAAACACACACACACACGUACAUAAAAAAUGGCGUUAGAAAAAAUCGAGACAUUACUCCGAAGACUGUGUUAUUAUAUUCAAUCAAUAUGGAAAGCAAUAGAAAGACGUGAGAGGGCGGUGAAAAAAAGAGAAAAACCUUGUUAUAUUGAAAUGUUUGUCUCCUUUUAAGCGAAAAGAGCAAUUUCCUACUUUUGGUUCGACUUGAUAAACACACGCCAGCAAAAUCAAAAGAGAUGAAAUAUAUGCUUUUCUGUAUUAAUUUGUAAGUAAUAAGUGGGAACUAGAAUCGAUGAGAGAGCAACUUUAUAAUUUGAUGUGGUGCCUUUUGGACUAAACUUUUCACGAGAGCUCUGCGAAAAAAAAAUAGAAAGAUACAUUUAGAUUAUUUUGGUUCUAAUAUAGUUUAUACGAUUCUAUACGUGCACUGUUCAAGACGAGGCAAUAAUUCUAAAACGUGGGUGGUUCUUCUAUGCAAUGUAGUAAGUGGAAAUCGACCGUUGCGCCAGUCAGCCUGAGUUUUUUUAUACCUGAUAUGGCCUACAAUCCUGAUUAAUGUUACUUAAGCCACCACUCACGCGAGCAACUUCCUCUCGAAAACAAAACCAGAUAUAAAUUUAUGUCUCUCUUGGCUGUUGGUUUGAAUGCCUGUGCUGCUGUAUGUAAAUAAAAAGAUGAAUCUGAAGCAAAGAA